CGCACCUUCUUUUACCCGCCUGUUAAUCUAUUCCUUCCUCUCUGUCUGUGUGUGUGUCCUGGCUCAUCCUCCAUGUUCUCUUUCACACAGACCAAGGGACAGGAAAAACAAUGUAAAGCAUCUCAAGGCCAAGCAGGGCUACAGGAAGAUAAAAAGCCAGUUUUCCCAGGCCCCGACAACCAACACCUCGAGCCUCAUCCGCCCGUCUGCUCACUCCUACCGCCACCCGCCAUCGCAAGAAGCCACCGCCGCCACUUUUGUCGAUUUUGCCCGCCGCCGUCCGUCCAUCCGAAGACCUGAAGAUGUCCUUUGCCGUCGCCAGCGUGAUGGCACUGAUGUGCUCCUCCGUGGUGAUUGCGUUUGUCCUGCAGCCUUCCAAGCAAGAUGAUGUGAUGCCAGAAGACUCCAAUAGCAGAUGCCACAGUGACUCCUUGCAGUCCAUUCGCAAGGAGCUCCUGGCUGCCCUCAACCUGCAGACUGAGCCGCGGCUGCCAGAGGGCGCCAGGGAGCAGUGGCGAGGAACUGCUGAGCGGCUCAAGGCUGUGACAGUUUCUUCCAGCUCCUCCUCUGAUGAUGGCCGGGAUACCUCAGGAUGCUGUGCCGAGACCUCAGAGGUUUCCAUGACCGAGCUGGGCUGGAACAAUUGGAUGAUCUAUCCCGAACGUGUGACCUUGGUGCACUGCACGCACUGCGGCCACAGUGUGUCGUGCAGGCCCCAGUCCAACGCUCCCCAACGUGACUUGCAGGUCCAGGCACCUUGUUGCCAGCCCACCACCCAGGAAGCGGUGCCUGUCAUGUACAUGGACGAGUGGAACACUGUGGUCAUCACUUCUAUGCACCUGACCCGCCGCUGCGGCUGCCCGGCCACCCAGCAACCCCCCCAGGAGUAACCGUGUGUCACCUGUAGCGCAUCACAGUUCCUCCACUCUCAAAUUCUAUAAUAACUUCAUGUACUGCCGUAGUAUUCCACUGUAAAAAAAAAAAAAAAAUCAAUGAAAUACAUUACAGCAUUUAGUAAACAACCUCACAAAACUGACCUCGGAAAACCUUCCUCAAAAGUCUCCAUUCCUGUUUCUACAAGCACCAUAACAGCAGAUGGUCAAAUACCAAUAUUAUUUUGGCAUUCUGGGGAAAAAAAGUAUUUGGUCUCCUGGAAAUGACCACAUAAAGUCAUGCACUUGACACACUAGGGAUUUAUUGCCUCACAUUUUAUCCUCGGUCAAAUCUCGUCGGUGUCGGGGCAGCGGUUUGAACUCAAGCCGCUCACCGGUACUGCGUGUUCCCUCCAAAAAUGUGCAAACGUCCCAGAGCCAAAGACUGUGCUUGUCUCUGUUCAAAAAUAUCUCCUCUUAUAUUUGAUCAAGUUAAAAUCUCACAAUUUACAUACAGAAGCAAAUUAGUUGUUUUUCGGUGCAAACCUGCAAGGGAGCUGGCUGUAUUAUUUAACUUUUUUUUUUUUUUUUUGUACAUCACCACUGUCCAAUGAAAAGCACAGAUAUCCUUCUUUUGUCCUUUUUUUCAAAGUAUUUAUCCAAAAUGCAAUAAAAAGUCAUUAACCUCGAUAAUACCUCUUGUGAUUUUUCAUUCGUUUUGCAAUAAUAUAGCUGAUAAUUUAUGACUUUAAAAAAAUAAAUAAAUAAAGGUUCAGGAGUUCAAUUUGGAAGACCCAAUUCUAAACGUUUUCAUUCCGUAAAUGAUAUGACCAUGUUGAAAAAUGUUGUAAUAUGGACAAUAAUUAAGGCCUUCGUGCUUUGAAAUUGUUUCGAGAUCUAUUUUUAAAAUCACUUUGAUCAAAUUUAAGAUUUCUCCUUCACUAAAUAUUUUUUUAAAUUGCAAUAAUAUUCAUGACAUUUACAGAUUUAUUUUUUCCGUGUGAGCGCCAUAUAUGUAUAUCAAUGAAAGCCUUUUAGAUAUCGUUUUCUUCUUUUUUUUUUUUUAAAUAAACAAAAUUAACACCGCUCAUGUGCGACGAGGUGAAUUGAAUUUGUCUCCGUGGUGAAAAACAAAAGCCAAAUUGGAGAUGCAUGCUUCUUGAUGGACAGUGACCAUAUAACCGCUAAUUGUUUCUUGUUCUCUAAACAAUACUGAAUGCCGAACUACAUUUUUUUUUUUGGUCAUUGGUUCUAGUUCUCGUCUCACUUUUUAAUUUUUUUUUUUUUUUAACAGGGUUACCUCACAUGAUUAUUUUUCUGACCCAUUGCAGAGUUCUUAUCUACGCACGUUUAUGUAUUCAUAACACCUCAACUUAACCUUCACGUAUGCUGAAUAGACAUCACUCGCCGAGUUCAUGAUUCCCUGCUGCCAUUUGUUAUUUAAUAAAGGCUAUCGAAAUCAGCUUCUCACGCCCUGUUUGUGCAGGCUUGGUGGAUUAUUUAUAGAACUUUGUGCCAGGCUUUCUGGAUUUCACGCCUGCCAAACACUUGGAUGAAGGAAUCUCACGGGGGGAAGGAUAAUAGCCAAGGAAUGAAUGUUGGCGCCAUACUCCAGGAAGCCAGUUGCUCCCCACAUGUUCCGUACUUCAGGAUCUUCAGUGUCUUUGCCAUCUGCGUGUUUCAGUUGUCAACUCUUCCCUGUCCACACGGCGCUCCUCCUAAGCCAGAUAUUGAUCCUGCAUUGAAGCAACGAACCCUGCGAGAGGACAGCGUGACCUGGCCGGGAGUUGUCUGAUAGCGGACGGAAUAAUGACGGGAUAUUUGGCCGCGUGGGUGUCUUUCUGGGUGCUCUCCUCGUUUCUUCGGGCUUCACGCGCGAGCGAGUGCUCAGGCAAGGAAACGCUGCUGCGGCCGCUCCCCAGCGUCUUGCCACAGCUGACAGACUGCUUGAUGGAGUGCACUGAGAUGACGUACGCCAGGAAAGCGCAGCUGCAGGACAAGCGCAGUGUGCGGAUACAAGACUCCACUGAAGGAGACCUCGGAGAAUACUGCUGGUCCACCCAAAUCAAGUGCAACGUGGGUGAGCACUUUCAGCACGCCUUUGUGGUGCUGCCCAUCCACACGUCGGCCGUUGCGACAGAGCCCGUGGAGGUGAGGUGGGGGGCCAACGCUCUGCACAAGCACACGAGUCCCCUCACCAUCCCGGAUGCCUGCGGCCUUCGCUACGACGUCAGUGAGCACUUCGGCCCCGGCAGGAGGGUCGACUCGUUCUGUGUGGAGGUGGUCAGCCAGCAGGACGUCCCGGUCCCAAAGUGUCCCCCCUACCUUGUCACGUUCUGGCAAAGAAGUCCGACUCCAAUAUGAGAUUCGGGACACUCCCAGUCAGGUUGUAUCUAGUCAUGCUGCUAAUAUGCCAUAGGUGGGCGAUGCUUUUGGUGGCCUUCAGUGGGAAUCUACCCGAAUGAAUCCAUCUCUUCAUUCCGCCACUUUCACGUUGCAAUUAUAGAAAACAUCGGUUAUAUUCAAAAACGCAUUUUAACAGCACGUAACUGAGCAUUGCAUAUUAUCUGAAGCAGUUCAGAUUCAAUUAUUUUUGUACAUGACAGAAACGGAAUUCAUUUAAAUAAUAUCGAUCGUACCCACCAGACAUGCUGAUUAAAUGUAUUCAUGUGCAGAUUGCUACAGAUAUGUAUUGCUUGAACUUGGCUGGAACAAAUUUUGCUUUGACUGACAAAUCAGAGAACGAGAAAAUCAUGAUGUCAACGAGGGCCAGCCCUCUGUCCUUGUUGGGACAAAUUUGCAAUCAGUCAAUCAACACAGUUUUAAAUUAAAUGGGCCAGCAUGACUGAUUCUGAAGGCCCUGGGCAGAUUAGAUUUACACUGCAACACAAUAGAGGCCCGAAGCUGAGGCUGUUAAUAAUAAUCAUUUAUUUAGUGUAUUUGUGGAGGGCGGGGGGGUUGGGGGGGGGGUUAAUGUGCUUUUGUUACAUUCACUAAUUAUAAUAAAAACCAAUGCAAAUACCAGGA